GGUCACGAGUGCCAGCGCGGCCGACGGUGGCGGCGGCGGCGACAUGGCCUCGGAGCUGGACGUGCGCGCCCGGCUGCAGCGCGCCGGCCAGGAGCACCUCCUGCGCUUCUGCGCCGAGCUGGCGCCGGGGCCGCGUGCCGCGCUGCUGGCCCAACUGGAGCCCCUGGAGCCCGAGGCGCUGCGCGAGCACUGCCGGCGCGCGGCCGCCGCCUGCGCGCGCCCCACGGGCCCCGCGCCUGACCUGGCCGCGCGCCUGCGGCCCCUGCCUCCCGAGCGCGUAGGCAGCGCGAGCGGGGUCGCCCCCCAGACGCGGCGGCUCUGGGAGGAGGAAGGUUUCCACCAGAUCGCCCUGAACAAGGUGGCCGUGCUGCUGCUGGCUGGUGGGCAGGGCACUCGCCUGGGCGUGACCUACCCCAAGGGCAUGUAUCAGGUGGGGCUGCCCAGCCAGAAGACCCUGUAUCAGCUGCAGGCAGAACGGAUUCGGCGGGUGGAGCAGCUGGCUGGCGAGCGCUAUGGGACCCGCUGCACCGUGCCCUGGUACAUCAUGACCAGUGAGUUCACUCUGGGGCCCACAGCCAAGUUCUUCAAGGAGCAUGACUUCUUUCACUUGGACCCCAACAACGUGGUCAUGUUUGAACAGCGCAUGCUGCCUGCCGUGACCUUCGAUGGGAGGGCCAUCCUGGAGCAGAAGGACAAGGUUGCCAUGGCGCCAGAUGGCAACGGGGGCCUGUACUGCGCGCUGGCGGACCACCAGGUCUUAGAGGACAUGGAGCGGCGCGGAGUAGAGUUUGUGCACGUGUACUGUGUGGACAACAUCCUGGUGCGACUGGCCGACCCGGUCUUCAUCGGCUUCUGCGUGCUGCGGGGUGCCGACUGUGGAGCCAAGGUGGUGGAAAAGGCGUCCCCCGAGGAGCCGGUGGGCGUGGUGUGCCAGGUAGACGGCGUCCCGCAGGUGGUGGAGUACAGCGAGAUCAGCCCGGAGACGGCCCGCCUGCGUGCGCCCGGAGGGGGCCUGCUCUACAACGCGGGCAACAUCUGCAACCACUUCUUCACGCGAGACUUCCUCCAGACGGUCACCAGGGAGUUCGAGCCCUUGCUGAAGCCACACGUGGCUGUGAAGAAGGUCCCCUACGUGGACGAAGAGGGGAAUCCAGUAAAGCCACUCGAGCCCAACGGGAUAAAGAUGGAGAAGUUCGUGUUUGAUGUGCUCCCGUUUGCCAAGAACUUCGUGGCCUUCCAAGUGCUGCGGGGGGAGGAGUUCUCCCCUCUAAAGAACGCUGACUCGGCUGAGAGAGACAAUCCCUCCACGGCGCGGCGGGCCCUGCUCGCUCAGCACCACCGGUGGGCCCUGCAGGCGGGAGCCCACUUCCUGGACGCACACGGGGCCCGGCUCCCCGAGCAGCCCAGCCCACCCGGCAGUGGAGAGCCUCCGGCCAUCUGCGAGAUCUCGCCCUUGGUGUCAUACUCCGGAGAGGGACUGGAGGUGUACCUGCGAGGCCGGGAGUUCGGGUCCCCGCUCAUCCUGGACGUGGACAUGGCCAGGACACUGCAGGCCUGACUCCCUCCUAGACCUGCCAGCCCCAGGGUCCCCGAGGCUGAGGAAGCAGCCCUGGCCUGGGGUCCUAGGAGGAAAGCAGGCUGCUCUGAGUUUCUGACUGCAGAACGUGGACCACAGAAGUAAGCAUGCUGGUUCACUCCACGAGGGUGGGAACUGUCCCGCCACCCGUUCCCCUGGACCCAAGUGACCCCAGGCCUGCUGUGGGCCCACUCGGCCUCUCCGGCUUUGCUCCUGCUGUGGGGUCCGGACCGCAGGCAGAGGGACUCAGGACCUUGCGCAGUGGGGCUCAGAGGAGGCUGAUGGGGGGCCCGAGGGAGUGUGGCAUCAUCGGCUGAGAGCCACACCGGCCUGUCUGAGCUGAGACCUGAUGGGACAGGACGGGGCAGGACGGCAUGGUGGCUCCCCGGCCCCAGGCAAAGCCGCACGGUGAGAAGCAGCAGCAACCGCCCCGCGCUUUUCUGCAGAGAUGAGGACAGUGUCGUCCCCUCACAGGGUGACGGGUUUGAAGCGGCUGCCCCUCCCUCCCUGGCAGCUGAACCUGGGGGCCGCCGCCCAGCCCCCUUCCCCGCCCGGCUGAGACUGACAGCAGGUCGGGAUGGCUCUCCGGAAGCUUGGCCUGCACGCCUGGCACUGAGUUCUCUCGAGUUCCGCCCGAGGCCUCAGCCCCCAGGAACCAGUGGGACCGAUGUCGAUGCUGGGGGCUCCUGUGGCGGCUGAUUAGUCUGGAGUUGAACCAGGAGGGGAGCGCCGUCCCCGCCCAGCCUGCCGGUGGCUUCUGACGGAUCCUGGAGCUCACGCUCCGCCCCUGCUCUCUGGGGCUGUGGCCCCCUUGCCGCACCCCCGCAGCGUGGCCGAGGCAGGGAGAAACCAGCUGGCUCUGGUCUCUUGCCCCUGGCGUGGCUGCUCUAGGUCCCAGUGCCCACUUUCCCACCUGGAGAGCAACACAGCGGCACCUGCCUCUUUCUGCUGAUGUGAAGAGCAUCAUAAAAUGCAGCCUGCUGCUCAGCCGAGGCCGCCUGCCCCCUUGCCGCUCCACAGUCCAUGUGCAGCCACGCUUUCCCCUGGGAAGGAUGCUGCCUGGCGGUGGGUUCAGAGGCGGUGAUCCCUCUAACGACUUGGAGUGGACGGUGGCUGCGUCCACGCCUCCCGACCUGGGUGUGAUGGCGGGGUCAGGGCCACACCCAAGGCCCACAGGACGACUUUGCAUCCAUCCAGGCUCUGCCACGCUUUUCAAGUCUCAGAAUCGAACCUUGUGCCUUAGUUUCCUUCUCCCCACUGCUCCACAGGCGAGCAGAGGGCCUGGGUCAGAGGAGGGUCGCCAAGGUGGAGGCCGAGGUUGAGGCUUCCGCCGCGGCCCAGGGGCUCCUGACUGCCACACCGGGACACCCGGCAACCCUUUUUCUACACAAGUAGAGUUAGUUGGGUAAACUGUUGAAGCAGCUCACUUUUGAAAAACCUUUUUAUUUUUACAUGAAUUUUCACACAUAGCACAGAGGGGUCCGGGGUACCCUGCACCAAGUUUCCUGAAAUGUUUGCAUCUUCCGUGAUGCUAGGAGAUUGUGACCAGGAGACCCUGCUUGUGCUGAGCCCUUUCUCACAGGUGAGGCUCCCUGUGCCCGCUUUGCACUCGGGGGCAGCACGGUCGGUGGGUCCCUUCGCCACAAGGGCCUCCCUCCUGCUCCCCUGAGGGCCACACACCCCCACCAUCUCUAACCCAGACGGCCGCUAGUGAAGCAAUUGAGUUGAAAGACCGCAGACUCUCGAUUUUCCACAGAAUGUGGGGAUUUCCAAUAAACACGAGGUGCUGUGAUGCA